AUGGCAGAAGAACGGAGCUUGUACCGACUGAACGGUGUUGCCCAUAUUGCCGGUGCCAUUGCCGAUGAGCCAACUAGGUGUAUCUAUAGUGUGAGACGGCAACAAAAUAUGUCCAUGCAUCACAGGAUCAUCCUGUAUUUAGAGAGGGCUGGAUUGUACCACUUGGCCAGGUUAAACAGUCACUGGUUCUUGUUGGACGAGUCCUUGGUCAGUGCAUUCAUUGAGAGGUGGCGCCCUGAGACGCACACCUUUAAUAUGCCUUUUGGAGAGUGCAUAGUGACAUUGCAAGAUGUGGUGUUUCAGAUUGGGUUACCUGUCGAUGGGGAGGCCUUGAGUGGUUGCCUUGGAGAGUUUGAGAAAUUCAUAGAGGGUGGCCGACCAGCGCAGGAGUGGUUUCAGGAUCUAUUCGGUGAGCUUCCACCAUCGAAUAAGGUCAAGCAGAUGACAGUCCACUUUAUAUUGUUCCAUGAGAGGUUUAGAAUGUUACCAGCAGAUGCGACCGAGGACACUGUUCGUAUUUACGCACGUGCCUACAUCAUGAUGCUGUUAUCCACUCAGUUAUUUGGGGACAAGAGUGCGAACCGGGUACAUAUACAGUGGUUGCCAUAUUUGGCGAAUCUUGAUGACAUGGGGAGGUAUAGCUGGGGGUCGGCCGCUUUGGAAAGGUUGUAUCGAUGCAUUCUCAACUCGAUCCGGUCCAGCCUCAAAUUCAAAAUCAGGAACACCAGGAGGCACAUCAACAUGGACAACCGCACACGUUGA